AUGGCGGACGAUAUCUCACGAAACACAAAAGAUAUGGGGAUCGAGAUUGAGAAGGAGAGGGUCGAGAAUCUCGAGCACGUGGCUGAACAACACAAUCUCCUGCCUCACAUUGAUCCGGCUCGUCGAAUCGUGGUCGAGAAGAGUCUGAAGCGCAAGCUUGAUGCUCGCUGCAGUCUGUUCGUGUUGAUCUAUAUCAUGAAUUACCUCGACCGCAACAACAUCUCUGCCGCCCGUUUGAAGGGACUGCAAACUGACCUCAACCUCACCGACAAUCAGUACUCGACAUGUCUGAGUAUUCUGUACGUUGGCUACAUUCUGAUGCAGGUGCCUUCCAACAUGUUCAUCAACCGUAUCUCGCGGCCAUCAUGGUACAUUUCCAUCGCAAUGACCCUCUGGGGUAUUGUUUCUACGUGUUCCGGAUUCGCGAAGAGCUUCGGCGACAUGGUGGGUAUUCGCUUCCUGUUGGGUUUCGUCGAGGCGGCUUUCCUUCCUGGUGCCCUCCUCAUUCUCUCCAAGUGGUACACUCGCAAGGAGCUGACCACUCGAAACGCCAUCUUGUUCUGUGGUAACCUGAUUUCGAACGCCUUCUCGUCGCUGGUAGCUGCUGGAGUCUUGUCCAACAUGCAAGGCGUCUUGGGCCACGCAGCCUGGCGCUGGCUGUUCUGGAUUGAAGGUUCCAUCACCAUGGUCAUUGCCAUCUCCUCUGGCUUUAUCUUGCCUGACUUGCCCACCAACUCGAGCGGCUUCACCGAAGAAGAGCGUCUCGUUGCUCAGCUUCGUAUCAUUGAGGAUGUUGGCGAGGCCGAUACGGAUGAUGAAGAACAGAGUCCCUUCAGUGGCCUGAUGAUGGCCCUGAAAGAUUUCAAGAUCUACAUUAUGAUGCUGGCUAUCACUGCCUACGUCGUGGGAUUGUCAUUCAACGCCUUCUUCCCCACUCUCACCGGCACCCUGGGCUUCGGCUACGUCCCGACUCUGCUCAUGAGUGCUCCGCCGUGGGUCUUCUCCUGCAUCUUCUCCUUGAUCAUCGCCUGGCAUGCCGAUAGAACCCAAGAAAAGAUCUGGCACAUUUACGGUCCAAUCUUCAUGGGUCUCGUCGGCUUCAUCAUUAGCAUGUCAACCCUGAACGUAGCAGCCCGCUACGUCGCCCUCUUCUUGCAGGCAGGAUCCUACGCAGUUCCUCCUUCCCUCGCCCCCGCCAAACGAGCCGUCGCUCUGGCACUCAUCAACGCCUUCAGUCAACUGGGUAACGUUGCCGGUUCAUAUGUCUGGAACCUGUCCGACAACGGCUACCGCAAGAGUUACGGAAUCGUGACGGCCAUGUACGGUUUCGCCAUUAUCGGAUUCUGGAUCUUCCGCAUGAUUCUCGUCAACUUGAAUAAGAAACUUGAGAAGAGUGAGGCUGAGUGGGAUGCUGGACAUACCGAUGCCCAGACUGGCGCUACUGUCGUCAUGGAGAGUGCUGAUGAGUCGCUGCGUAUGCGCAAGGGCUUCAGAUAUCUGGUCUAA